AUGCUUCUUGUUUCUGUGGGACUCGUAAUACCUCAGGUAGGGAAGGAAUUCGUCUCCAAAAGCCCAAGUUUCGCCGUCAUGGCUCUCUAUGUCGGCCUUCUGGUGGGAGCUUUGAGCUGCGGCUUCCUCGUCGAUCUCAUUGGUCGACGUUUGGUUUGGAUCAUGUCGCUUUUCCUCGUGUCCAUCUUCACAAUGAUUUGCGCGGCGGCCCCAAAUUUCGCUGCCCUCUGUGUCUUUAUUGUCCUGCAGGCCAUUGCAGGCGGAGGAAAUAUCGCCAUCGACCUGACGGUGUUCUGUGAAUUCCUCCCCAAAAAGAACCGCUAUCUUAUGACUGCCCUGGCUUCAAUGUGGGGCGUUGGAAACACACUUGGGGGUCUCCUCGCAUGGCCAUUGAUCGCGAAUUACUCUUGCAGCAAUGAUGCGACUCCGGCUGAUUGCGCUCGGCUCAAGAAUAUGGGCUGGCGAUACCAGUACAUCACAGUUGGAGGUUUCUGCCUGGUCAUGGCCCUAGCACGCGUGUUUUUGUUUAGGAUGGAGGAGUCACCUAGGUGGCUUGCUGCGCAAGGAAGAUUGGACUCUGCUUAUGAGGCACUGGCUAGAGUUGCUCGCCUUAAUAAAUCAAGUAUAAUUCUUCAGCAUGAUCGACCACCACCGCCCCAUGUUGAAAUAUCUACCCUCUCAAGAAGGAGUCUGUCACCUCAACAUCGUGACAAGUUCGCUGUUCUUCACCAUGUCAAGGGGUUGUUCGAAAACCCAAAGAUAGCCCGCUCAAGUGUUGGAGUUUUCUUCCUUUGGAUGGGUAUUGGUAUUGCAUACCCUGUCUACACCUUAUUUCUGCCUGCCUACUUAUCAUCUAAGGGUGCAAAACUUGGAGAUGGAAGUGUCUAUGUAACUUACCGUGACUAUACUAUUUCCUCAACCGUUGGUAUUUUCGGCCCAAUUCUCAGCGGGUUCCUUGUCCAACUCAAGUUUCUCGGUCGGCGGAGAUCUAUGACCGUAACUGCUUGCUGCGCUGCUGCGUUUGCGAUCGCUUUCACGACUGCCAAAACCGAAGCUCAGAACAUUGCGUUCUCUUCAAUGAUCAACUUCUGGCAAAAUGCUUAUUACGGGAUCUUAUAUGCCUACACUCCCGAAGUCAUGCCCCUUUCAAAUCGAGGCACUGGGUGCGGUAUGGCUGUGGCAUUCGGCCGUUUGGCAUCAAUCACCUCACCUCUGGUUGCCAUUUAUGGUAAUACGAGCACUUCAGCCCCACUUUGGGUUUGUUGUGGUCUGUACUUCGCCAUGGCAGCAGUUGCGUUGUUCCUGCCAUUCGAACCAGAACACUAUUAUGCUCAGGAAGAUCAAUUGGACCAAGAGAUGCUGAACUAG